AUGCUUCUUGACGUUAAGUACACACCUACGACCGGGAUCUUUGGUCUGGCGGCACUGUGGCUCGUUUGGCGCCUUUGGACAUUCACAAUCCACCCAAGGCUCAAUAAGAACUUACCGAAACUUAUCCCGUACCACGUACCUUUUGAGAGUACUGACAAUCCUCUAUGGUUCGGUCACAUUGUCGGGUUCUUUAGAGACGGGAACACGCUCGUCACUCGGAGCAGGCUCCGAUACGCUUCAAAUCGAGAACCGUUCAACAUCGUCCUCGCUGGCCAAAAUACCUACAUCAUAACCUCCGCGAAGGAUACCACCGCCGUCUUUCGUAAUAUUGCCGAUCUCACUUUCGAUGCAUAUGUACGCGACAUGAUGCUGCGGCUCGGUGCUUCGCAAGCGGGUUUUCAGGUAAUGUGGACUAAACCAUCUCCUGAAUUCGUGGAGGCCAGGGCUGCGCAAAACGGAUUUCCAAAUCCAAAUUUCAAACCUCUAAUCCACGCCUGCGAAGAUAUGUUCAAGGUCCAAUUACACCCAGGCCCAGAGAUGGAGGUAUUACGAUCUCGUCUAAUAGCGAAUAUUCUGGAGCGGCUAUCGUGGGAUGGAGCGCCGGACGCUGCAAUUUUAGACCAAAUGGGCAAGGGCAAUGUGCGGACCGUCUCGCUCAGUCAUUGGAUUAAGCAUUCCAUGCUUGAAGCAGCAACUAAAUCCUUCUUUGGAGAAGCCAUCUUCAGAGUAGAACCAGCUCUGCUUGAGACCUUUUCCUCGUUCGACAGCAACAGUUGGAAGUUCACUUAUCACUUACCCCGGUUGUUCGCAAACCAGGUCUAUCUAGACAAAGAGAAGCUUACAUCUGCGUUCAUAAGAUACGCGGAGAUGCCCUUGCACGAACGGAGCGAUGCAUGCUGGAUGGUCAGAACUCUGGAAACAGAGAUGCGCGCAGUGGGCACAGGAGAUAAAGAUAUUGGAGCCUAUUUUCUCAUGCUCUUCUGGCCGAUCCAAGGUAAUCCGUGGAAAGUGGCAUUUUGGUUCAUGGCCUACCUGCUUUACAACCCUGGUAUCAAACAACGCAUCGCAGCAGAAUUGUACCAUCUUAUGGAAUCUCAGCCCCCUCUUUCCCCAAUAGAGUUGUGCAAAGGACUGAACGCUUGCCCUCUGCUAACAGCUUCAUACCACGAAACACUGCGGUUGACUUCCUCGACUAUCACUGUUCGAGACGUUGUCAAUGACUGUGUGAUAGGAGAAAAGUUGCUCCAAAGAGGCUCUCGGGUUCUUAUUUCAUACCGCCAGAUGUUCCUUGACAAGUCUGUUUUCGGGACCGACGUCCACUCAUUUCGUCCAGAGCGUUUUCUCGACAACCCAGGCCUUGCGAAAGACCCAAGCUUCAGGCCCUUUGGAGGAGGCUUAACAUACUGUCCAGGACGCUUCCUUGCUCAAAAUGAGAUUUGUACUGUCGUUGCGAUUCUGGUUGCAAAGUUCAUCUGGGAGCUUCGAGAUCCGAGCGCGGCCUUUCCAGAAAUGGACGAGAGGAAACCAGGACUGGGAAUCAUGUUCCCGGCUGAGGACGCCGAUGUAUUGGUAAAUGUCAGGUGUAGAUAG